ACCAACUGGUGGAAAUGACAAGUGGACAGCAACAGCUUGUGACUGUCUUUCAUUGUACCUAACGGGAGCUGUGGCAACUAUAAUCUUACAGGAAAACAGCACAACAUGGCCAUUACCUGUGAAAAUUUUCUGCAAAGAUGAAAAAGGAGAGCGUGUUGAUGUUUCUAAGUAUUUGAUUAAAAAGGGUUUGGCUUUCAGAGAAAGGAGAAUUAAUAAAUUAGAUAACAGCCAUUCAUUAUCUGGGAAGUCUCUGGAAAUCCCCCUGGAACAAGAAGAUUCAGUAGUUACUAAGUAUAUUAAAAUUAAUUUUGACCCUGACAAAAAAGCUGCUGAUAUAAUCAGUGAACACAAAGUGUCUGAAUUUAAAGAGAAAAUUAUAGAACCAAGAACCACUGGAUGCUAUAAACCGCCAGCUAUUCCUAACCUGAAAAUAUUUGAGGCAAUAGUCAGCUGCAUUGGUGAUGAUGGAACUAUAUUUGUAAUACCUAAAUUAUCAGAAUUUGAGCUAGUAGAAAUGAUGAAUGAAAUUCAAAGUAAUUUAAAAUGCCUUGGCCUUUUGGAGCCUUAUUUCUGGAAAAAGGGAGAAGCCUGUGCAGUAAGAGGAUCCGAUACUGUGUUUUUUAGUAACAAAUUUUAAAUAUAAAUUUUAUUUGGCCUGUUUCAGGUACAAUAUUUAGAUCAUGGAUUUAUAGAGAAGAUUCCACAGUGUCAUCUUUACCCUGUCUUGCUAUAUCCUGAUACACCUCAGUUUUGUAUUCCUUGUCAGCUCUGUAACACCAUACCCGUUGGGAAUGUCUGGCAACCAGAUGCAAUAGAACUUCUUCGGGAACUGCUUUCAAAGAGAGAGGUGGAAAUUCACAUUAUGGAAUUACCUGAAAAUCCAUGGGGGAGAUUAUCUAUUCAUCUCUAUUUUGAUGGAAUGUCACUUUCUUAUUUUAUGGUACACCAUAAAUAUUGUACUUCUGGACAUUCAGAGGAGAUAUUGAAAGAGAAACCAUCAGGUUACAAUAAAAAGUAUGAAGAGGAAAGAUGGGAAAUAAGGUUCGAGGAACUGCUUUUGUCUGAGACAGAGACUCCUAUUUUACCACCAUAUUUGUCUUCAUCUCUGCCUGACCCAGAAGAACUCUUUGCUGUUCAAGUUAAGCAUGUUAUCUCACCUAAUGAGGUGUAUAUAUGUCUUGAUUCUGUAGAAAACUGUAAUGCAUUUAACCGGCAUAGUGACAUAGAUGAUAGUGGAGUCAGCUGGGAAUCGGAGAGCCUUGAUGAAGCGCUGCGGAGGGUGAAUAAGAAUGUAGAGACACUUCCUCCUCUCACGGAUUUUAGAACAGAAAUGCCUUGCCUUGCAGAAUAUGGUGAUGGUUUAUGGUAUAGAGCGAAGAUUAUUUCCAUUAAGGAAUUUAAUCCUUUAUCUGUCCUGGUACAAUUUGUUGAUUAUGGAUCAACUGAAAAGCUAACAGUAAACAGACUGUGUCAAAUUCCUCUGCGUCUUAUGCAGUAUCCAGCCCGAGCCAUAAAGGUUCUCUUGGCAGGGUUUAAACCUCCUUUAAAGGAUCCAGGAAAGGCAAGAAUACCAUAUUGUCCCAGCUGGAGCAUGGAAGCAUUGUGGGCUAUGAUAGACUGUCUUCAAGAAAAGCGACUUUAUGCUUCUUCUGUGGCUCAGACACCAGAACCAGUAGUGACAUUAUAUGAAGAUGAACAGUAUCCAGUUCAUAUGUCAUUAAUAAAAAUGGGGCUCGCAGACAGAGAUGAGUGAUGUAUACGGUGCAGAGCAUCUGGUAGCAACCCUGAGAAAGUUUUCUGUUAUGUUUAGACCAUCAAACCAUUUCACACUUGGUUUCUUGACUUGUUCUGCAGUUGUGCUGGCUCCCUCCCCCACCCCCAUUCUUACAUGUUGAACUGUUAGGAAUUGUGGGGGGGGGGGGGAAAUCCGAAAGAAUAGUUAAUAAAUA